AUGCCCUCCUCACUAGCAACCAAACUCUGCGCCGCCCUCCUCCUCGCCUCUGGCCUGGUCGGCACUCUCGCCGACGAACAACAACACAACUACGUUCGCUCUCCUAAGCACUCUCGUCAUCACAACUGCAACUCCUCCUCCGACCCCUGUAGUUCCAACCUGGCAAAGCGAGGCUCGACAUACUCCGGACGAGCAACUUACUACGCAGCUGGUCUAGGUGCUUGUGGAAACUACAACUCUGGAUCAGACUUUAUUGUCGCCCUAAAUGUUGCACAGUACGGAAAUUUGGGUCAGCGUUCCUCUUGGUGUGGAAGGACGAUUGCUAUUACGUACAAUGGUAACACGCAGUACGCAACCGUGCAGGAUGCUUGUCCUUCCUGUCCGUACGGAGGCUUGGAUAUGAGUGAAGGCUUGUUCAAAGCGUUUGCGAGUACGAGCUUGGGUGUCUUUCAGAUGAGUUGGACUGCUGCUGAUGGGAGUGAUAACUCGAACAACGACAACAACAACAACAACAACAACAACAAUAAUAAUAAUAAUAACAACAACAACAACCGCAACAACGGGGGGAGACAAUCAAGUUCCAGUAGUGCUCCGGCUUGGACACCGAGGCCGCAACCAACAACGACUUGGCAAGCACCAACUACCACUUGGACCCCUCCUGCUCCUACAUCGACCUCAAAGGCUAGCUCGAGUUCGGCUGAACGAUCGUCGUCGUCUUCAGCAAACGCCUCUUCGAGUGCUUCUGCUGCAAGCGCCAGUCCAACAGGAGCAGCGGCGGAUGGAGAGAAUCCAACAGCAAACAAUUUGCAUAGCUUUGCCUUGAUCUACCAAGGGUUGAAUCAGAUGGCGGUUGCUGCUGCUUCCUAA